CUCUCUCUCUUCUUGAUCCAUGGGAGAGGAACAUCACCGGAACCCAGAAGAAAGUUGAUUCCUUUCGCCGAAAAUCGGAUACCCAUUUGGUUGAAAACUCAAAUGCGGUCUUCGAGAAGACCCCAGAAAGAUUCAGAUUCGAAGGGGCAUUGUGGGUGUGGAUCUGAUGGUGGGUUUUCUAAGGCCAUGGGUGAUUGUUUCAGGUGCAACCGUUAGGGUUGUUGUUGUUGUUGGUGGCAACGACAUAGUGGUGCUGCAGCAGCAUAAACGACGAUGCAGCUUCACUUCUCGCCUAGCAUGAGAAGCAUCACGAUAUCGAGCAACAAUGGCUUUAUUGACUUGAUGAAGAUCAAGGUUGCAGCUUGCCACAUUUCCUAUCGAACCCUCUUCCACACCAUCCUCAUCCUUGCUUUCUUGUUGCCCUUUGUCUUCAUUCUCACUGCUGUUGUUACCCUUGAAGGUGUCAACAAGUGCUCCUCAUUUGAUUGUUUAGGUAGGCGGUUGGGACCAAGGUUUCUUGGUAGGGUUGAUGAUUCAGCGAGACUGGUAAGAGAUUUUUACAAGAUCCUUUACGAAGUGAACACUGGGGAAAUUCCAUCUGAUCUAAAGCUGCCAGAUUCAUUUGAUCAACUUGUUUCUGAUAUGAAGAACAAUCAAUAUGAUGCAAAAACGUUUGCAUUCAUCUUAAGGGGAAUGAUGGAGAAAUUUGAGAGAGAAAUCAGAGAAUCUAAAUUUGCAGAGCUGAUGAAUAAACACUUUGCAGCGAGUUCUAUCCCUAAAGGGAUUCAUUGUCUGUCUUUGCGUUUGACUGAUGAAUAUUCGUCAAAUGCCCAUGCACGCAAACAACUGCCUCCACCGGAGUUACUACCUAUGCUGUCUGACAACUCUUACCACCAUUUUAUUCUGUCAACUGAUAACAUCUUGGCUGCUUCAGUAGUUGUUACUUCUACGGUGCAGUCAUCUCAGAAACCUGAGAAUAUAGUCUUUCAUGUCAUCACCGACAAAAAAACUUAUGCGGGUAUGCACUCGUGGUUUGCUCUAAAUCCUGCCUCCCCUGCUAUAGUUGAAGUCAAAGGCAUUCACCAGUUUGACUGGUUGACUAGAGAAAAUGUUCCAGUACUUGAAGCUGUAGAAAAUCAAAAUGGGAUAAGAAGUUACUACCAUGGGAAUCAUGCUGCGGGAGCCAAUCUCAGUGAUACCAAUCCACAUAAAUUUGCAUCAAAAUUACAGGCUAGAAGUCCAAAGUACAUAUCUUUACUCAACCAUAUCCGCAUAUACAUACCUGAGCUCUUCCCAAACCUUGACAAGGUGGUUUUUUUGGAUGAUGAUAUUGUGGUUCAACGUGACUUGUCGCCGCUUUGGGAAAUUGAUCUGAAUGGAAAAGUUAAUGGGGCUGUGGAAACUUGCAGAGGUGAAGAUGAGUGGGUAAUGUCUAAGCAUUUUAGGAACUACUUCAAUUUUUCCCACCCCCACAUUGCAAUGCAUUUGGAUCCUGAUGAGUGUGCUUGGGCUUAUGGGAUGAAUAUCUUUGAUCUACGUGUAUGGAGGAUGACAAAUAUAAGAGAGACAUAUCAUUCCUGGCUGAAAGAGAAUCUGAAGUCAAACCUGACAAUGUGGAAGCUUGGAACCCUACCCCCUGCUUUGAUUGCAUUUAAAGGUCAUGUUCAUCCAAUUGACCCCUCUUGGCACAUGCUUGGCUUGGGUUAUCAGAACAAGACCGAUGUUGAGAAGGUGAAAAGGGCUGCAGUUAUUCAUUACAAUGGCCAGUCAAAACCCUGGUUGGAAAUUGGCUUUGAACAUCUUAGGCCAUUUUGGACCAAGUAUGUCAAUUAUUCAAAUGAUUUUGUUAGGAACUGUCAUAUCUUGGAAUCAUAGUCUGCCAAUGAGAAGCACUAUGGUUUUAACAACAGUGCAUACUACAAAAAGGGACAAAGUAAAUACAGGUUUCGUCUAAAUUUUUGCGGCUUGAGAUUUUGUUCAAGAUGAAUUUGAGAAUGCAAAUAGAAAAUUGGUUGAGAGGGCAAAUGGAUCAGGACAUGAUGGGGUGGAUUUGGUGCCAUCCCCUACAUUUUUUUUGCAAACAUGGUUGCCAUAUUGGCAUGGCUUUGAGAAUCAGAGUCUUGUGACAUACAAACAAGUACUCUAUUUUUGGUUGGUGAAAGGAUACUAUAUUAUCAAAGAUUCCUUAGUGAAUAUUGGAGAAUAAACUGAAUUCUGAAGAUAAAAAAAGGUUACACGCCUGUGUCUCCUCAAUCAGUGCUUGGACAGUUAAUUUGUGAGGUUCCCACUAGUGCAGCGUUUUCCUUCCCCUCCAUCAUUUUUUAGUUUGUUAAUUUUUCAUAGCACCAAUUUUUACCUUCACCCUAUUUGAUUUGAUAUAAUGAGAUGGUGAAUU